AAUGACUUAAUUGAACCCAAAACCUCAGUUUGAUUUUGGGAUGCCAAUUUCAAAUGUCUGCAGCUAGGGCAUCAGCAGUGAACUAGUUGUUCUCCUUUUUCCAUUGACAUCAAAGUUGUUUCCAUUGCUAGAGUGCUGUCAUGGGAGCAGAACAGCCAAAAGACUCAUUAAAAGAGAUGGACUGGAAAAAUCUGGGUGGAGAAAGUAAGGUGCCUGGUCUUGAACCAGCUGUGAAGAAACGGUUUCCAAAAAGGAUUCGACAAGUUCCUGAUUAUUAUUUCCUCCCACGGAGAUCCUUACCAUAUUCCAUUGCCUUUUAUGGGUCAUUUAUUGCAGCCGGAGUUGGCGCAGGGAUGCUACUCGAAGCAUGGAUCAACAACAAGGUCAAAGAGGAUGGAGGAGUCAUUUGGGAGUUUGACAAAUGAAUUCUAGAUCAUUUUGCAGCUCUUUCAGUUCGUUUUCCAGUUGCGUUUUCACGCCAAGUAGUUCGCGUAGACCUGGAUAGUUCAAAAGUUUGUAUACAGGAUAAUACAAUCUUCUAUUCUAUAUCUUUACAUUUGAGGAGAAGAGUGCAACACUCAAUAAAUGUUGGAGCCUCUGAUGGAUGGAAUAUGAGUAAAAAGAUUGUGUAUCUGGAAUGUAACUAGAAAAUUAUGAUAUUUGGCCUAUUCUACUUUCUCAGUCCUUUUGUUGUAUUUAAUACAAUCACGACUUUUGUUCGUCUUA